AUGGAUGAAUGGAACGUGGGCAAAUAUCCAGGAGGAGUGGAAAAUGAAUAUGUUCGGCGCAAAAAGGACAGCGACAGCAGGGAAGAAGAGGAAAUUCAUGAGGUAGAGAAACAACCAGCACCGAUAACAAGUUCUAUGGAAUCGUCUGUGCGGUCUGCCGAUGUUGUUUCGCCUCAGCUGGACAGUGGAUAUGCUACCGUUGAGAACGGCAGUUGUGAUAGAGGAUAUGAACAGCCAGAUGUUAUCCCCAGUGUAGUAAUUCCGGAAGCUGAUGCACAAGAAACGGACAUUCCUUCCGCAAGUAGCGAUUACGGUAGUGCUGAUUUUGACUAUACGUUCGGGGACGAUCGCCGGUUUGCUGCAUUUGAUGCUUCGAAUCAACCGGAUUUUACACAGCCAGAACAUCAAGAUGCGGAUGUUGAUAUUGGUGCUGCUGAUUGGACCGAUCAGGCAAUCAAGCAUUUCGACUGGCCAGAACGAAAGCAUCGGAUGUGGACAACAGUUUUUAAUGAAGAAGAGGAAAAAAUUGAAAAGGAUGAGCAAAAGCAUGAACGAAGUCAGCAGGAGCACGCAGCGGCUGAUUCCGCUCAUGGGCACAUCACUGCUAUUUCCAGAAGUUAG